AUGCAUCGUCGAGUAGCGCGAGUUCAGAAAUGGUUAGCCGGUGCAUCAACAGGUACGACAGUGGCAGGUCAAGGAAGUGGAGUGGCAGGAAUGACUUCGAAUAGCUUAGAUAUGCCUAGCGGUAUUUUACUGGAUUCAAGUGGCAAUAUCUAUGUGGCCGAUACCAAGAACAAUCGAAUUCAAUACUGGUUUCAGGGUGCAUCUUCAGGCAUGACGAUUGCCGGCAUUACAGGUUCUGCUGGCUCAGGAAACAAUGAACUAACGAAUCCGUAUGGUAUUGCACGAGAUCCAAGUUCGGGUACACUAUACAUAGCAGAUCAGAGCAACCAUCGAGUGAUGAGCUAUAUAGCUGGCGCAUCAUCAGGAACUGUAGUAGCUGGGGGCAGUGGUUUAGGAACAGGUAUCACACAGCUUAACUAUCCAGUGGGUGUCUACUUCGAUGCAUCGUCAAACAGUCUCAUUAUUGCUAAUACUGGUGCUAAUAAUAUCGUUCGUUGGGUAUUGGGUUCCAGUAGUUGGACACUUGUCGCUGGUAGCAUAAGUGGAGCGGGUGGUAGUAAUGCAACGUUACUCAACUAUCCAGUAGGCGUGACAAUGGAUUCCAUGGGCAAUAUAUACGUAGCCGACAGAAACAAUCAUCGGAUCCAAUUUUUCUUGGCUGGUCAGUCCAUUGGAACAACAAUUGCUGGUAUCACUAAUAGAGGUGGAAAUAACUCUACCUUACUUUAUAGUCCGCAAUUCAUACAAGUAUCACCUUAUUUUGCUUUCAUAAUUCGUCUCAUUAUCAAAGAAGCAAACCAAGCGGAUUGA